AUGGUCGAAACAUGAACAACAAAAAAUUUGAAGUUUAAAAUUAGAAGCGAUUGUGGUCGAAAGACGCGUUUGAGGCAUCCAAUAGUAGAGUUGGAACGAAAGAGAGAGAAAAAACGUUGGUCCAGAAAGCUUUUGAUACUUAGCCCUCACAUUAGAAUUUAGAAGCCUUGAUGGCCCUUUGUCUUUACAAAGAGAGAAAGGGAAACAUGCAUGGAACUUAAAUGAGGCACUCUCAAUAAAUGCAUAUAACACUUAGUAUCAUUGCUACAUCUUACAUUUACGUUUUAAUGUUCCAAAAUAUAUUUUAGCAACAACUUCUUUAUUUACCAUUGACCUCAAUCUUAUAGAAUUGAGCUUAAAUUGUUAUAAUUGUAUUUAAAAUAGUGGUAUAUUAAAUACAUUCAGGUAAGUUUAUAAGCUGAAGAAAAUUCUAAAAUAAACUUGUUGAUGAAACAGAUAGAAUAUUUAUUUAUUUACAUAUCUAAGUUCAUAAUACCGAAUCUUUUCGGGUCGUUUUUAUAGUCCAGCAGAAAUCUUAUGCGUUCGCGGUUUAGUGCGACUGUGGUGAACAAUCCCCAAAACAAGUCCAGAAGCACCCGAGACUUUUUGGUAGCAUUUGAUCAAGAGUCUUGAUAAUAGAGCAAACAGUACAAAAGAGACUUAAUGAUCAGAAGAUAAGUGCACGAGGGUUAAGGAUACUAUUGAAAACGAUUUGACAGCCUUGCUCGUUGGCUACAUAUUGCAACUUGCAGAGAGUUGAAACAUGAGCUUGAGGUAACUUAAACUUAUACCUUUUAAGAUAUAUAUGAGAAGGACAUUUAUUUUACCACUAAUAGGAAAAGAUUCUUUUUCACUUCGUAUUACUCUAUACUUCUAUUGACUACAAAAGAAGUCAGUGGCAAAGUGGUAUAUACUGUUACUGUUAAAGAUAAUGUUUCCUACAGAUUACUUGACUCAACAGGAACCUUGUUGUUGUUGGUUCCACCAUUCAAAGGCUCCGUAGCUUUCCAAUAUUAUUGUUCUGCUUCUAUCUACAACCAUAUACACAAAGGUGGAUAUGCGUGUAUUAAUGGGCCCAUGAAACAGAGCCUAUCACGAAACUUUGCUUGUGGGCCACCCUCUGUCUUUUUUUUUUGGGAGAUUUUUUUUCUUACUUACUCUAGCUCGCUGCUAAAUGUUACCUCAACUUUAUGCAGCUCAAAUCCAUCAACUCUCUUUGAAGUAAAGCUCAAUUGCUGCAUUGAAAUAUCAGAGAUAAGUGGUAGCUAAAGUUAGAUUUAGGAAGAAGAACUCAUAUAGCACAAUAGUUAAACAAUUUGAACCUUUUUGAUAGUUGUUAUACAUUAUCAGAGUAUAGAAUGGUUGCAGUCAAAGCAAUGAUGUGAGAUAAUGCAAAUUGGAAAAUGUAUGUUGAACUAUUUUAUGCUUCAAUCCUUUUUUUAAUUUUCACAUUUGAUUAUAGAAAUCUAAGAAUUUGCAAAUCCAUAGUAAAAUUGUAAAUCAUAAGGUUGCUAGAUUAAUUUUUAGAGCAAAUCAAUAUCUAGGGAGUUUAGAGGUGUAUUGUAUUAAUUAUUUAUAGGAGGUUUUGUUAGAUUUUACAAAUGGUAAGAUUUAGUAGAUAUCUCAAUGAUUUUUGUUGAAUUAAAAAAUUAAGUUGAUUUAGUAAGAUUUUUUGUAAAUACAUUGAUAAAGGUUUGGGUGAUUUGCUAACGUUCACAACUAUAUUAUUAUUUUGGAUGAAGUGUUGGAACUUGUGAAUGAACUUGUAAAUAUUCUAGAAUUCUAUCUUAAAUUAUGAGAUUUAAAAAUUUAUAUUUUGUGGAAGUCCCCGACGGUUUGACUAACGGUUCAUUAAUGUUUUUAUACCAAGAAAUUUAGAGUUCAAAUCCUAGAAAAUUCAAAUUAUGCAGAUUAUGGAAAGACAAAAUGGUUAUAAGAGAUUUUCAGCAUGGUGCAUGGCGUAUCAUCGAUCAUGAAUCUCAUAGGACGGCAAUCAAACGUGUAUUCUCAUAAGAUGGUAGAAUUUACUGACUGUAUAAUCAUUUAUAUAAUAUUUUUUAUCAUUAUAAUAGUAUAAUUAACUAGACGUUUAAAAAAUCUUUAUAUUGUUAACUAUUUUAAAAAUAAUAUACAUUAUAUCACAAUUAAUAUUUUUAAUAAAAGUGAUUUUAAAAUUAUAAAGUAAAUAACAUUUACAAAAUCAAAUUCAAUAAUAAGAUUGUGUAAUGUUAUUAUAAAUCAGUUAUAGUUUAUAUCUCAUUAAAGAAUUACUUAAAUUUAAACUGGUUCGCUUAAAAAAAAAAAGAAGAAGAGAAGUGGAUUCUAGAAUCCUACAAGCGUAACACUGUAACAGAGUCGUCUCCACUGCUACAAGCUUAACCUUCUCCUCGAUUGUUCCGGUUUGCGAUGGCAAGACAGGGCAACAAAGAGAUCUUCUUGGGUGGAUUAAGGAAACUCUUUGAGGAACAAUGGCAAGUAGAUGUACUCCUCAAGGCAGGAAACAGUGAUGAGUGUGCAUCUAUCUCCGCCCACAAACUUGUUCUGGCAUCAAGGUCAAUGGUGUUGAAGAAGAUGAUGGAAUCAGACGAGUUGAAGUCUUCACCUAAGCUGGAGACAGUCACUUUCUCCGAGAUGAGACAAGAGGAACUUGAGGCUUUGGUUGAGUUCAUGUACAGCGUUGAUGGCUCCAUUUCUUCCCAAAGUCUCAAGAAACAUGUUUUGGUGUUUGCAAUGGUAACACAGAACAACAAAGACAAAGAGAUCUUCUUGAGUGGAUUAAAGAAACUCUUCGAAGAACAAUGGCAACCAGAUGUACUACUCAAGGCAGGAAACAGUGAUAAGGGUGCAACUAUCUCCGCCCACAAACUUGUUCUGGCAUCAAGAUCAGUGGUGUUGAAGAAGAUUAUGGAAUCAGACGAGUUCAAGGCUUCAUCUAAGCUAGAGACAGUCACUUUCUCCGAGAUGAAACACGAAGAACUUGAGGCUUUAGUUGAGUUCAUGUACUGCGUUGAUGGCUCUAUUUGUCUUGAAAGUCUCAAGAAACACGUAGGAUCACUCUAUCUUGCAGCGGACAAGUAUGAGAUUCCGCAUCUGCGUGACCUAUGUAGAAACCAGCUUAAAUCAUCUCUUAACUCCUCCAACGCUCUUAACACCUUUGAGCUUGCCCAAAUCCCUUUUGACAAGGCCCUUAACGAUGCGGCUUUCACUACUAUCAAGAACAAUAUAAACACAAUCGCUAACUCUGCUGAGUUCAAGUUGUUUGUUGUCAACAAUCCAUAUCUUUCUGUUGAGAUCAUGAAGGCUUUUCUUGUUCAGCCUAAUAGUUAUUGCUGUGGCUGUUGUGGUAAAUACCGCUUCUAGAGGAAUCACGACUAGUUGCAAGGUUUUGCUGGCUGUUCUCGCAAAGUGGAUGCAGCUAAACUAAUAAUAGUAUAUCAAGAUUUUAACCCUCGCCUGAUGAUCCUUCUACUUUGAUUUCUGAUUUUUGUAGUUUUUGGAGUAGUAUUAAUGCUGCUUUUUAAAAGAUUUUAUUUUAAUUGAUGCACAAGUAGCUGCUCAAAGCUAACUACUCGCCUCUCACUUAUCAAAUCUCCUCCACGUUUUAAUCACUGCAGUGAAAACUAUCUCUUUUAGCGAGAGGCUGCAGAUGGUGCUUCCCAAGAAACCAAUGCAUGUUCUGGCCAGCCUUCGCAACUGUGUUGAUGUACACUUGAUGCUAGCCAUGGUUCAGAUAAGUACUUACUGGCACAUUGAAGGCUGACCUAUCUCCACUUUCUCUACAAAGGAAACGUGGGAACAACUUAGACAAAGAACAAUCUGGUACAAAGGAUGCAUACGAAAAGAAGGUGGUACAACAAUAAUCGCGAUAAGAAGAAACUCUCCGAUCUCUGUGUCUUGUCUUCUUUCACGGGCUUCUCUUUCGCCUUCCUUUGGCGGGACUCGACACUGAUCUUUUUUACUUUCUCUUUUGUUUUUUGAAUUCUGGUGUGAAACCACUUCAUGGAAUAAUGGGCCGUUUCUUUAAGAUCAUGAUUAAUGGGGAACCCUUAACGAGGUUCUUAAUGAAUAUUUAAGUAAUAAAUUUAAGUUAAAAACUUUUGUUAAAAA